UACAUUUAUUUCCAGUGGUUGUUUUUAUGUAGGGAGCUCGAGGCAAUGUUUCCCUUUACAGAUAAGUGUCUGAAGGUUUAAUUUAUAAAUCCAACAUGUCUCCCAGAAUUGAUGACAUCAUGAAGCUGUGUUGUGAGUUAUCUGCAAAUCAGCAGAUAAAGACUACAGUGAAGCAUUCUGGGAAAGGAGCGAUGACUGCUGGAGGACUCGCUUUUGCUGGAGGGUUGUUUGGCGGACCGCUUGGCAUCGCUGUAGGCGGUGCUGUUGGAGGACUUCUGGGAUGCUGGAUGACAAGCGGUCAGUUCAAACCGCUUCCUCAGGUCAUCAUGGAAAUGACACCAGAGCAGCAGCAGAAGCUCUACGAGAACGUCAUGGACAUCUUGGGCUCGAUCGAGUGGACCGAUGUAGCCCAGUUAAUGGCCAUAGUCACUGGAAGCGCAUCACUUCAGCAGCAAGUCAUUGCAGCUUUACUGAGUUACGUUCACAAAGAGCUUCAGGCUGAGGUUCAUUAUGUGGACUGAACCGGAUGGACAGAUCACUCCUGUGGACAACCUAUUAAAUGAUAGACAAUGUGCAUGUUAUUUAAUUGAAGACUUUUAUAGAACAUAUUUUAAUAGGAACACUUGAAGAAUGAAUUGUGAGUGAUGCACUACGUAUUUGACAGAUAAUAAAGGAAUAGAACUGUUGUCUGUUACGGGACAGCUGUGUUUUUAGCAUCAACUUUUGUGAAAUACUACUUAAAUAAUGUUCUCAUAAUGCUGUGAUUUGUCACCGAUUUUUAAAUGUAUUUAUUUACUUCUCACAAUUAAAUCAUGUCCUGUUACCACUU